CUGCGCCGCCUGAGCUGCGGCGGCACCGGCACGCGCUGCUGGCUGUGGUCGGCGAGAUCGGCACCGAGUCCGAGCGGGAGUCUCUGCGCCGGAGCCUCGAGCGCGGUCUUCGCUCAUGGGACAUUGACCUUCAUUCUUGUGACCUGAAUCAGCAGCUGAGACUCUUUGUUACACGUCAUCUUGCCCAUUUUUCAUCAGAGGUCAAAGGUCAGAGGACCCUCCACCACCAGAGUGAGGACCUGGACACAGUCAUCCUAGUAAACCCUGAUGAACAGAGCACUGUGUCAGAGGUUCGUUCAUUGAUAUAUGACUCUUCUGCUCACAAGCUGCUGGUCCUAUGCGGGCAAAGCUCAGACCAAGAAGAUUUGGUCCUGCAGGCUGGGACCUUCACCUACCAGAAAUUUGCUGAGAUACUUGCAGAUCCAGAGGUUGCCCAAUUUCUCAGCAACACAGAUCCAGCUUCCAAGGCCUCCCUCACUGUAUCGUGUUUCGGAGAGGGAGAUUGGAGCAACCUUGGACACCCCCAAUUUCAAGACCUUCUCAAUCUGAGACUGAACCCUGACCUGAUCCUGCCAGAGAUGGAUGGGGUCUCUGAAUUUGCCGAGUAUGUCUCUGAGACAGUGGAUGUUCCAUCACCUUUUGAUCUCCUGGAACCCCCAACCUCUGGGGGCUUCCUGAAGCUUUCCAAGCCCUGCUGCUAUGUAUUUCCAGGAGGGAGGGGGGAUUCAGCACUCUUUGCUGUCAACGGGUUCAACAUCCUGGUGGAUGGUGGCUCAGAGAGAAAGUCUUGUUUCUGGAAGCUGGUCCGGCACCUGGACAGGAUUGACUCAAUUCUCCUAACCCACAUUGGGGCCGAUAACCUUCCAGGCAUUAAUGGGCUCCUGCAAAGGAAGAUUGCAGAGCAGGACGAGGAUCAAUCGCAGGGCUCCACCAACUAUAGUGACUGGAUGAAGAAUCUCAUCUCCCCUGAACUCGGGGUUGUUUUCUUCAAUGUUCCCGAGAAGCUCAAGAUGCCAGAGUCCUCCAUGAAGGUCAAAAGGAGCAUUGAGGAGGCCAGCCUGACCUUGCAGUACCUCAACAGGCUGGGUGUAAAGCCAGAGCCCCUGCACAGAGUGGUCAGCAACACCAUUGAGCCCAUCACACUAUUCCACAAAAUGGGUGUUGGGAAGCUGGACAUGUACAUCUUGAAUCCAGUGAAGGAGAGCAAGGAGAUGCAGUUUCUCAUGCAGAAAUGGGCUGGGAAUAGCAAAGCCAAGACAGGCAUUUUCCUAGCCAGUGGGAAAGAGGGGGAGAUUUCUGUCCCCUACCUGACGUCCAUCACUGCCUUGGUUGUGUGGCUCCCGGCAAGUCCAACGGAAAAAAUAGUGCGAGUUUUGUUUCCUGGGAAUGCGCCCCAAAACAAGAUUUUAGAAGGUCUUGAGAAGCUCCGGCAUUUGGAUUUCUUGAGGUAUCCAGUAGCUACCCAGAGAGAAAUAGCUUCUGGGCCCCCCUGCCCUGCCCUAAAGCACAGCAAGAUUAAACAAAGGACAGAGAGUAAAGAGAGCCUCAAGUCUUCCCCAAAACCAGCUGCAGGAAAGGCAGCUGCUGAGGAGGGGGUGAAGGAGGCCAAGGCUGAGACCUUGAAGGAGGCCAAGGCUGAGAGGAAGUCAAGAGAGAGCUCUGAGAAGCCCCCAGGGAAGCCUGCAAAAACCGAGAAGAUAAAGGUGGACUCCAGCGAUGUCCUCAAAGCUGAGAAAAGAAAACACACCAAAGACAAAAUGGGCAAGAAGCACCUCAAGGAGAAAGUUUCUCGACUGGAAGAAAAAAGGGACAAGGAAAAGAAAGAGAUUAAGAAAGAGAAGAAGGACUUUAAGAAAGAUGAUGGGAAGAAGGAAGAAAAGAAGAAGGACGCCAAGCCAGACCUGAAAAAAAAUUUGAAGCCAGACUUGAAGCUGUUCACCCCUGAAGUAAGGAAGACCUUAUACAAGGCAAAGGUUCCUGGCAGGAUAAAAACUGAGAAGGUUCGCAGCAAAGCUGAAAAGGACACCAUCCAUGCAGAGCUGAAGACAUGGGCUGGGCCAAGGAAGCCCAGCCAGCCCCGAGAGCCAGGAGACACGGCUGAGCAAAGGCUCGUUCUAUCUUCCCCUGAGGACCUUACCAAGGACUUUGAGGAGCUGGAGUCUGAAAAGCAGGUGAGGCCUCAGGAUGUGCCUGCUUCUGCAGUGAGGGAGGCAGAGGGGCAGGCUCCUUGUGACGUGGCUAUUGAGCUGGCUGGGCUGGCACCAGAAGAAAUCGGUGGCCCAGAGGAGGCAAUGCAAGGAAGGGAGAAAGGAGGGGAAAUGCCUGGAAGACCUGAUGAGAAGGCAGCAGCUGUGGUGGAAGAGUCUGAGGGGAAUGUGGGCAGGAAGACAGAAGAAGUUCCUGGAAAAGAAGUGGAAGAGGAGAGAGGUCAGACGCUGGUGCCCAGUGACUCCCCAGGCCUGGUGCUGAGCCAAGAAGGAGCAAAAUAUUCUGCUUUAGAAAUGAAGUGGAGAGACCCAGGAGGUGAUAGGCGAACUGAAAGGAGGGAAGAUGUGAUGGAAAAGGCAGAAGAGCAAGAUGAGGAGGCCAAAGGCAAAAGGACAACAAGAGGAGAUUUGUCUGUCUUCCAGCAGCCAGAAGGUUCCAUCUUGCCCUCUGAAGGAAAAGGAAAAGAGGCCAAACAGGAAAGUAAAGGGCCUGGAAAGCAAAGAAUUGUGAAGGCAGCAGCGGCAGAGGAGGAAUCCUGCCUGGGCAGCACUCUGGCCCCACCUGGUGAACAUGUCUCCUACAUCCAGGAUGAAACAAUCCCUGGCUACUCUGAGACGGAGCAGACCAUCUCCGAUGAAGAGAUCCACGAUGAGCAGGAAGAGAGGAUGCCACACCUCAAGCCAGACAUCGGCUCCUAUGAUGUUGCUGUGCCAGACCAGACUGGCUCCUUUGAAGCCAUCCAUGGGAUCCAGGCCAUGACAGCUGAUGGUCAAGACCCUGGAACCCUUGCCUACCCCACAAAUAUUGUGGCUGCCCCCUUGGCAGAAGAGGAGCAUGUGUCCUCAGCAACAUCCAUCACAGAGGGUGACAAGCUCUCCUCCUUUGCCACUUCUGUUGCAGAAGACCAGUCUGUUGCCUCAAUAACAGCUCCACAGACAGAGGAGACUGGCAAAAGCUCCCUGAUUCUGGAUACAGUGAACAGUAUACCCUCCUCUAGAACUGAGGCUACCCAAGGUCUGGACUAUGUACCCUCUGCAGGCACGAUUUCACCCACAUCUUCACUAGAGGAAGACAAAGGCUUCAAGUCUCCACCUCCAGAAGACUUCCAUAUCCAAGCAGAAGGCGAGAGGAAGCGUGAGGCUUGUGAAAAGGGCCUGCAGCAGGAGGAGGAAGAAGAGGAAGAUGAGACGCCAAAUGUUGAGAUGCCUUGGAGAGCCCAAGGUCAUUAUGAGGUACCAGCAUUUUCUCAGCAAGGGCCCCUGGGAGAUGGUUUAACCAGAGUACCGAUGGAAGGGUCACAGGAAGAGGCCAUGCUGCUACUUGGUGAAGGAGCCCAGUUGCUGCAGGCAGUUGCAGGCUCUGGUGAGGGUGAAGAACGGUGCACGAGUCCAGAUGACAGCACAGUCAAGAUGGCAUCUCCGACCCAAUCAGGCCCCACCAGCGCUGGGCACACACCUUUCCACCAGUCUCCUGUAGAGGAGAAAUCAGACACUGUGGAGGCAGAGUUGCUUGACGAGUCAGCAGAGGCUCCUGUGAGGUGGGAUGAAGGGAGAAGCCCCAACAGAGCACUGAGCAUCUCUGGAGCAUUUGAAGGUGAUGUCUCCACCACGGAGGGGCUCUUUUAUGGGGAGGUAACGGUCUCUCCUCUCCUUCUGGACAAGCCUGGCCCAGAAAGCACAACUGCCCUGCCUGCAGAAUCUGCAUCUGCCCAGAGUGAAAGCCGGAAUCUGCUUCUUGAGAAAGAGGAGCUGGCCAUAAGGUUCUACCACAAACAAGAGACCCUUGACAUUUCUGAGCUUUAUCCUCCCUCCAGAGAGACACUUCCAGAGCCCAAGAAGGACUCUCUGUUUAAGGGAGCAAAUGCCUCCCAGGAAUGCGUGAAAUGCACUGGCAGUGAGCUGCUACUUUCUUCUGCAGAAAUUCCUCCUCCAAAAGGAUGGGAAGAAUUUGCUGACAGAGCUGAAGACGAAAAAUCUUCACAUAUACCCACAAAACAUAUAUCAGCAGAGGAAGCAAAGGUGUUGUCUUUUAUUGAAGACGUUCCUGGGAAGGCAAAAUCUUCUGAUGAUUCCACCAAGGAAAUAUCACUAGAACAGGAAAAAGCCCUACAUUUCACAGAAAGCCGCUUUGGCCAAGAGAAACCCCCUCCUGUUGCUAUUGAACACCCUUCUCCAGAAGGUAGCAACAUUUAUCUGAGCCAUAGUGAAGAAAACCCUUCCCACUUGUUCACAGAAGAGAGUUCUCAAACAGAUGGUAAACCCCUCUUUACAAAAGAAUUCCCUACUAAAAAACCCUCGGCCAACAUGUUCACAGAAGAAUUAUCUCCUGAAACUAGAUACCAGAUUUACACAGAGCAGAGCCCUUCUGAAGGUAAAAAAUCAGAAGCUUUUGUCAGAGACAACUUCCUCAGUUCCCUUUCAUUCCCUGCGCAGGGCCCAUUUCAAGAUGACCAUGGCAUCCUCGUUAUGUCGUCAGCAGACACCUUUCUGGAACCUGCCAUAUCAGUUUCAACUGAAAAAGAACCCAUGAAAGAACCAUCUCCAAGACCUUCCUCCAAAGAAGCAAGUCCAGAGCUGAAGUCUCCAAGCUUUACAGAACCAAGCUCAGUUCUUGAGAGGGAGCCCUCGGAAGUCUCCUCUGGAGAGAUGGAGCCUUGUCAGUUACUGGAAGAGGAGCAAAAUACAGACGAAGAACAGUCUCCAGAAAUGGAAGACAUUUAUUUGAAAGAUGGAAACUAUGAGAAGACAGUGUGGUUUCCAGAGGAGAUGAAAGAACUGCCACGCAAAGAACAAAGACAGAAGUAUGAUGAAGAAAGAGGGGAACAUUCAUUUCUGGAUGAUGAGGUAGAUAAAUAUGGACCAAAAUCUCCUUCCCAAAUUGAUGAGGAAGCGAUCCCCCACUCUGUAGCAUCUGAUGAUUACAUUUCAGGACUGAGCAAGAAGGAAAUUUGGGACCCUGAAGAUGGCCACUUCUGGGAAGACACCAAAACUCUGAAGCAAGGGACAUUUACUGAGAAGGGCUUUCCAUUUGUGGGUGACAAGCCUGUGGCACAGCAGGUGAAAGAGAGGCCAGCUGACCAAACACAGACAUUGCCACAAACAGGUGCUGAAUUUAAAAUGCCUGGCUUCAUAAGCCCCCUCUGUCCUGAGUCUGAAAGUGGGUCAAAAUCUGGCCUGGAAUGGGCCAUGUUAUCCCUUCCACACCAAGCCAAGAUGCCUUCUGCAAUGAAAGAAAGAGGGGGCUAUGCACCUGAGCAAGCUGAGGAAGUGGGCACAGAGCUGUGCUGCAGCUCUGUGGGUGAGGCCAGUGCCACCUCACCUGAAGAGGAGAGAGGAGCAUCCUCACCAGAGCAGGGAGUGUCGCCGUCUUCUGCAGCAGACCACAGUAUGGCCAAAGGUCAACCAGGAACCACAGCAAAGAGAUCAGAGGGUGAUGCUGGGUACAAAAGAAAGUGGGGUCCUGAGGAGGGACAGGGCAGAAAGCAGGAUGCUGAGGGGAAAUCUCACGAUUGCCCAGAAGAAAGCCAAAAGGAGAAGCUGUUGAGCACGGCUCCGGUGGGAUCCCAUCAUUACGGAGUAAUCCCUGCAGUUAUGGAGCCAGAGGAGAACAGACUCUUCCCUCCAGGUCAAGAUCUUGGAGGAAGCAGGGACCUUGCAGCCUCUCUGCAGGACACCCUAUCUUUUGGCCACAUGGAGCGUUACUCAUGGCCCAAUCAGUUUGGGCUCUGUGAAUCGAAAGCUGAGGCUGAUGGGAAAGGGCAAGACAAGGAAGAGAGGGAACCAACCCCCUACCCUCACGAGAAGACUUUCCAAUAUGCCGAUAUCUAUGAGAAUGUUGUCAUGUCUGGUGUUGGCUGCUUUGGAAGAGAUGUAGGGUUCAAGACAGGAAAAGCACAACGGGCCCAGAAAGAGUCCCUUUACCCAAUCUCCUCCAAGGAAGAAGAGUCUUGCCUCUACACUCCGACUGAGAAGGAGCUGUCAUCUCCUGCGUCCCCAAAGGACAAAGCAGAACCCUCCUUUGAGUAUGCAGAUGUUCAUGUGCAAUACCUCCCUCUCCAGACAACAGAGAAGCACAGGCUGCCAUGUGGCUUGACUUCCAAGGACUCACAGCAAGAGGGGAGCACUGCAAGCUCUUUGCCUCUUCUGCAGGGAAGCCUGGUGAGUUCCUUGCCUGCAUCCUCUCUGGGAGACAAAGGCUUUGCCACUCCUGCUGAUGGGGCAGAUGCAUUUAAGCAGGAAGAAAUGGCUGUAUACAGUGAAGAUGCCCAUCCUCCAGAUGCAAACAUCAGCCAGGAGCAAAGAUCUGCUUCUCCAAAGCCCUCCCAGCCCAAGGACAUUUAUUACGAGCAAGCCAAAGAAGGAGAAGAGAGUGCCAGUGACUUGGAGCUGGAGAAAGGUGCCACAGAGAAAUCAGAGAAAGAGUCCAAGCAUCCAGAUGGGCCCUCUUCAGCCGUGAAGUCAGUCCCUGAGAAGAGGGAAGAGGGACCCCAUGCAGGCAUUUCCGGAGAGGAGGACUGUUUAUCAGCCACGUGGCAAGAAGCCGGUGGCGUCUUGUUGGGAGAGGAAAGUCAAGCAGAGAGACUAGCCUCAAAGGAAGAAGGUGCCAUUCUCACAGAGCCAGGCAGGCAGGAGUGGGUCCCAGGCGCGUCUGUGGAUGCCAGCAAGCAGCACGCCAAAGUGGACGAGGAAGCCUCCCUUGGAAAAGACUCCGAUGGUGCUGAUUCUAGAGGCUUCUGCUGCACCACUGCUGCUAAGGAGAGGGACUAUCCAAAGGGCCCGGCGCUGCUGACUAAAGGACUGGAUUGCUCUUCCUCAGGCUUUGAACUGUCUUCCCUAGAAAAGCACGAGCCGUCCAUUCUGUUCCGACAUGAGGCACAUUUCUCGUCCCAUUUACAGGACAAAUCUCUCGUUUUCAACAUACCUUAUCCUGGUUCUUCAGAAAAGGGUAAGGGAGAUGCAUACUUGGAAGUAUCCAGAAAGGUGUCUAAUGAGGGCUCAUCCUUCGUAGGAGGAGGGAAGCUUCUCUCUGGGGCACCCCAGGAGCAGCAGCCUCCACACAGGGAGUCACCCAGCCCUCUCAAGGAAACCUCCGAGGCCUCCUUCCCAGCACAUCCAGCUACCACAGGCAAGAGUACCUGCCCUUCCACUGGCUCAGGGACAGCUGCAGGUCCAGGUGCCCAGGGUACACAGCGCAUGUCCCCGUUGCUUCCAGCAGGCUCUGCAAAGGCAUUUUUAGAUGACAUGGGAGCGGUUGCCUCUGCCAGCAUGGACCUGCCCUCUCUGGCCACUCAGCAGUCAGAGUCCAGUCACACAGCCAGCCGCGUGCACCAGCCACCAAGCCCUAAAGAGCGGUUGGCGGCCGCUUCCCUUCCUGACAUCCUGCUGGCUUCCCCCCACUGUCGGGAGGAGGCAGUUGCCGCAGCCAAUGGCCCGACAGAGGUGAGCACCAGUCCGCUUUCUUUCCAUGGUGUACCACAUAUCACAGAGAAAGCAAGGAAGAGGGAGGAGGAGGAGGAGGCUUGUGGGAGGCAAAGCCGCCCCUCUUGCCUGCUGAGCGGUGAGCCUGUCUUUCAGCCCUUCUUCCCAGAGGCUCAUCAGGGCGCCCAAGUAGAGGACUGUGGUGAUGCCUCCCAUGGACUGGAGCCAUCUUUAGGAGCCACCUCAGAAUAUGGACAGACGUUCUCAUGUGAGCAUAAGCAGAGGACGGGUGAGUUAUCCCCGUCAUUCAUCAACCCAAGUCCUCAGGACUCAUCAGAAGACAGUGAUUUUUCCCAGACCAAAGGACACCCUUCAGUGAAGGGGAGGCUGCGUCCCACCCCCGGUGGCCACAGACACAGUGCGACCACCGGGGAAGAGACUCCCCCCACCUCUGCAAGCGACUCUGGAACCUCCCAGUCUGACUCUGAUGUUCCCCCAGAAACAGAGGAGUGCCCCUCCAUCACUGCCGAUGCGGCCCUGGACUCUGAUGAAGAUGCCGAUUUCCUCCCAGUGGACAAAGCGAUGGGCAGCUCCCACCACAGCAGCAGCAGCACAAGGUCUGGCCACGACCCACCGCCAGUUGCCUUGGUGGACCCCCAUCCUCACCCUCCACACCCGGAUGUCUGCAUGAUGGAUCCUGAAAUGCUGCUAAAUGAACAGAACAUGAACAGACCCAAUAAAAUAUCCAAGAAGGAUCUGAAGGAGAAAAGCAAAGGUGUGAGGAAGCCACUGGGCAAGCCCAGCUCCUCUUCCCCUGCCCGGAAGCCCGAGAAAUGGUCCCCCACCCCCUUGAAGCAGCAGCUCACAGACAGGUCUCCAAAGCCAGCGCUGGCCAGGAAAGAGAAACUGCUGAAGACCCCCACGGAAGACAAAGACGAAGGCUUUCGAGCAGGUCCUGGCAAGAGCUUCAUCAAUGGCAUCAAAACAAGCCCCGUUCCCAGUAACCCCAAAAGCUGCUCUUCUGUGCCCCCUGGACCCCCCGUCUAUGUGGACCUGGCUUACAUCCCCAAUCACUGCAGUGGGAAAAACACAGACCAGGAGUUCUUCAAGAGAGUCCGAGCAGCUUACUACGUUGUGAGUGGCAAUGACCCUGGCAGCGGGGAGCCCAGCCGUGCCGUGCUGGAUGCCCUCUUGGAAGGAAAGGCCCAGUGGGGGGAGAACCUGCAGGUGACUCUCAUCCCGACACACGACACAGAGGUGACACGGGAAUGGUACCAGCAGACCCAUGAGAAGCAGCAGGAGCUGAGCAUCAUGGUCCUGGCCAGCAGCAGCACAGUGGUGAUGCAGGAUGAGUCCUUCCCAGCAUGCAAGAUUGAGUUCUGAGGCCGCAGUGCCGCUCCUUCAUCAGCCUCCUCCCCCACCAUGCAGCCCUGGGAGAGCCAUUCGCUCACAGCUCCGUUCUCCUACUCCUCCCUUGCCUGAAUGUGGUCUGGACUCCACGACACAUACCACCUGUUUGUGGUUCUUGUUUGCCAGCAUGCCUGGAUGGGUGCAGAGUGGAGGGAGCUUGUGGGGAGCUGUUUCCCUUUUCCAGGUUUAUUUUGCUGCUUCCAUCAUUGUAUAAUAAUUCGGCUGCCUUGAUUUUGCUUGCACAAGCUCUCUCCACUCCCUUCUUCGUCCCCUGAGGGCUCUUGUGCAAGGUCAGCCCCCCAGAACGUCGUCCGCCUUGCCAAUGGGGUGGCUGCCGAUGGGAGCAACCAGUGAGAAAUGAAGCCUCUGCAGCGCAAAGGGAGAACUGAGCUGGGAAGAGGAGAGCCCAGGAUGGAUGCCCCAUGAAAGAGUGGCCGGCCCUGCCCCAGCCCAUGUUGGGUAGCCAGCCAGCCCACCCACCCUCUGCCAAAACUGCGGAAAUGGAAUUUUACUUGUUGUGCCAAGGAGGACAUUCAAGGGGUGCAGCUGGGCCCUUCAAGGUGAUUCCAGCCUUUUGGGGAGGAAGGUUGAUGUUUAUAAAGUCCCAGCAUUUCCCUGGGAGCCAAAGGAUAACGGGGGGGGGACUGGAUCCCUCUGGGGAUGGAGAUCGCACUCAUGACACAGGCAAGGGGAUCACAGCCCCGUUUGCUGGAGCUAAGGGCCCAAACCAGGGAAACUGGGUUUGCAGGCUCUUUCUCUUCCUCCCACCCCCAUGCACUACUAUCCUCCUCGCCACUCUUGCAGGGCACAUCAGAGGCACUGAGCUGUUCAGUGACAGAGAAGCCCAGUCAGCCUCUGUGAAGCCGGUGCCAGCUGCCCUGGGCCAGUGCAUGUUGCAGCCUUGGGCUGAGGGUGAGAGGGCAGCAUGCACAUUGGCAGUAUUCCCAUUCACAAAUAGGAAGCUUUUGGUAGGCUCUGGAAAGGCCCCCAAAGCCUUUGGGGGUGUCCUCUUGGGAGAGAGCGCAGCAGCCGGCUUGGCUGGCCCUUCCAGAUUUGUUCCUGUCACUAGCAGCCAUUAGACCUGCAAAAGGCAGCAGGAGGAUCCCAUCAGAACUAUUUUUCUGGUCACUGUCUAAUUUAUAUAUUUAUUUUGGAGUUUUGGGGUUUUUAUUGGAACUGUGUAUGCUGGUGUGUGUGCUUUUCAAAUACUCUGACUGUGUUCCCAUCAUCAGACCUACGUAGGCUCCCGGCUUCCAGGUCACAGGGUACUCCUCACAUUUCUAAACACUGUCAGCUUGAAAGAUUACAGACCCACCAUCCCCAUUGUGAGAAGCACUGAGGGCAUUUGGCUCUCCAGCCUCCAAGGGCUCCACUCCAUGCUCUGGCACCCAGCUGAGGAGGAUGAAGGGGGAAAGACAAGCCAACUGGCCCUUUCCUAUCACUCUUGCACAUUGCUGCUGUUGCCCGGACUGCUUGCAGUUAGUUGACAGCCAGUCUCCAGCCAUGUGCACACAGGCCCAGCCUAGGGGCGGGGAAAGGCAGGGGCCUCUGUGGCUGGGCAGGCACGCCAAUGCUCCUGCACUAGUCCACCUAUGAAUGUGCCUCUCUUGAAGCAGGGAGUGGAUGGCAGUCGGACCCAUGGCUCCUUCUGAGAAGAAAGUGCAGGGGAAUCUCUUCUCCUCAUCUCCCCCCCCCCCCGUUACUCUGUUAUUUCCCCCCCCCCCCGUGCCCAGAUUUCAAGCUUGAAAGUCCAAAAAUUUAGUAGUUUUGAAGCAGGCUUCAGCAACUCCCUUCUUCACAUUUUAUGGCAAACACACCCAGACAGAGCUGCAUGAGUCCGAAGAGGGACAGUUUGGAUCCCAGGACACAAAUGGAGAGAGAGAUUUAAAUUCUGCUUCUGCUUGUUCCUGCAUGUGGCCAUCAGCGUGCGAUUCCUCCUCUACGUUGUACUCAUUUGGCGCUACCACAAAGAUGAUGACAAGAACACCUCCAGCCCUUUUCUCUGCCAAACGUUGUAUGAACAGAGACCAGGGCUCCUGCCACCCUUUCCCCCCUCCAUAUUAUGUACAAUUUGAGAUCUGCAGGUUUCCUCUCCCUCCCCCCCCCGCAUUUCUGUGUGCAACGCUCUGUAAUUCUAAUGAUUGUAACAGGAGGGCCUUGCACUAACCAAUAAAGCCACAUAA